AUGGGAGCAAUUGAGAUUGCUAAUGGUGAGAAUGAGAAGCCGAAGCUGAACAAGUACGCACUUGGUUGUGCUAUAGUGGCUUCUUUGAUCAACUCUAUAUUUGGUUAUGACACGGGUGUUUUGAGCGGAGCAAAUCUCUUCAUAAAAGAAGAUCUCAAACUGAACGAUACUCAAAUCCAAGUGCUUGCAGGAACCCUAAAUUUAGCAGCUCUGGUAGGUUCGGCCAUGUCAGGGAGAACCUCUGAUAUGAUAGGUCGACGUAAAACAAUAGUCUUGGCAUCACUUAUCUUCAUGGUUGGUGCAAUCCUGAUGGGCUACUCCCCUAACUUCAUAGUCCUUAUGGUCGGACGCUGUAUUGCCGGCGUCGGAGUGGGCUUCUCUCUAAUGAUUGCACCGGUCUACUCGACGGAAAUAUCAUCCUCUACACACCGUGGAGCUCUCUCUUCUCUCCCUGAACUAUGCAUCAGCAUAGGAAUCUUACUGGGUUACAUCUCUAAUGUAGCCUUUUCCAAGUUGCCAUUAAAGCUUGGUUGGCGUCUGAUGAUGGGUGUCGCGGCCAUCCCUUCAAUUGCUUUAGCUUUUGGAAUCCUUCAGAUGCCGGAAUCUCCAAGGUGGUUGGUGAUGCAAGGUCGUCUCAAGGAUGCUGAGGAUGUCUUAUUUUUGGUUUGUGAUUCAGAACAAGAGGCGAUAUCAAGGUUUCGAGAUCUCAAAGCAGCUGUAGGGAUCCCUGAGGACUCUAAGGAAGAAGUUGUGAUACCACCGAAGAAGACAGCUUCCGGUGCCGGGGUUUGGAAAGAGCUCUUCGUAAGGCCAACACCCACUGUUCGUCGGAUAAUGCUCGCUGCAUGGGGAAUCCAUUUCUUUCAACAUCUUACAGGUAUAGAAGGCGUGGUCUUGUAUAGUCCUAGAAUCUUUAAGAAAGCUGGGAUUGAGAGCAAGCAGAAGCUCUUGCUGGCAACAGUUGGAGUUGGGAUUACAAAGACAAUCUUCAUCUUGAUUGCCACCUUCAAACUGGACAAAUUUGGGAGGAGAAGAUUGAUGCUCACCAGCGUCUCAGGUGUAACCACAGCAUUACUGGUACUAGCGUGUACUUUGACUGUAGUGCAUUUCUCCACAAAACCACUUCUUUGGGCUCUCUGUGUUAGUAUUAUUUCCACAUACACAUACGUGGCUUUCUUCUCGAUUGGGCUUUCAACUGUUACAUGGGUUUAUACAUCAGAGAUAUUCCCCUUAAGGCUUAGGGCACAAGGAGCUAGUGUUGGGGUGGCUAUUAAUAGAGCUGUGACUGCUACUAUUGCUAUGACUUUCAUAUCAAUCUAUAAAGCUUUAACCAUUGGUGGUGCUUUCUUUAUGUUUGCUGGUUUUUCAGCAUUGGCUGGAGUGUUCUUUUACUUCUUUAUGCCUGAAACUAAAGGAAUGGCUUUGGAAGAGAUUGAGUUGUUAUUUACCCCAGGAGGCUCUAAAGCUAAACAACAAAAAACUGAAGAAGUUGGUGUGUAGAUGAUCUCAGCCUUACCAGAAUAAAUUAUAAAAUUGUUCAAUGUUGGUGUGUAGAUCAAUCAAGGAGAAACUUUUCCUCCACCAUGGGAGAGAAGGAUACAGUCUCAACUUGUAAAAGAUAGAAUUCUGGUUUGCUAGGUAAACAGAAUUGCCAUUCUAUAAGUGAUACAUUUUGGCAAUCUUUACUAGUUUGUGAUGAUGAUUGUAAUUCCUCAAGUGCCAUUUGAAAUUUAUUUCUUUUCUUCCUUGUUUA